AUGGCAGGUUCUGGGCAGAUUCAGUUAUGGCAAUUUCUGCUAGAGCUGCUUUCCGACAGCCGUAAUCUCGCCUGCAUCAUGUGGGAGGGAACGAACGGCGAGUUUAAAUUGGUCGACCCCGACGACGUGGCCAGAAGAUGGGGAGAGCGCAAGUCGAAGCCCAACAUGAACUACGACAAGUUGAGCCGAGCUCUGCGCUACUACUACGACAAGAAUAUUAUGAGCAAAUUGGUUUAA